AUGUUCUUACAAAGCUCUGUCCAUGAUGAUGAUGAUGCUCUUAAUCAUUUGAUGGGAGGGGUGCGUUCGUCGUUUGGAGAUUGGCUUAAAGUUACUUCUAUACGGGUUCAGGGUAAGUAAAGCUCUGUGGAUACUUUUAAGAAAUACCCUACUCUCAGAUCAACCCCCCCCCCCUCAAAAAAUUGAUGACUCCACAUAAUAUGGGGUAUGUAGUUUUAAAGCUGCUGGUUUUAAGUAAUAUACUAUUGAUACUUCCUUCAUUCGACCGAAACACCGAGGUCUCCUAAAAGUUUCUCCGUGAAGAAUGCACAGAAAAAAUAUGUUAUUUGGACAUGGGAGGAGCCAGACUAUGGCAGCCUUUAUCAGAUACCCAACUACAUUAUAGAGCGAAAGAUAUCAAGACUGAAGAACUUUACCGCAGUUUGGACAAUUCCUUACCCUGAGACCAGAAUGAUUAUGGAGAAUUUAGAUCCGUCCACAGAAUACACCAUCAGAUUAUCAAGCAACAAUAUUUAUGGAAAGUCAGAGGGUGUAUUGUUAACACAAAAGACACUGCCAGGAAAUAAUAACACCCAGAGUGGGUUUCUUCCCAAAUGACCAGCACCAAGUCGAUCUUUACAUAUAUACAGGUACCUACCAAAAGGAAAUUAUUAGAAAAUUCACGAAGUUAGGGAUAAGGUAAAGGUCAACAAUAACAACUGAUGUCAUCCAACGCUUGGACAGGACACAAUCAUAGUGUUUGAUACUUAUAUUCCAUAGUAUGAAGUGUUUUGGCUCUGAUUUUCUUUGUUCCUAAAAUAAGGUAAUCUAAAAAAGUUCAAACGUGAAAACAAGGGUAUCAAGAAAAAAGUUUCAAGUUGUCUCUUUUUCUUAUUGAGGACACAAAUAGACAAAAACGCUUUUAAGGGAAAGGUUUAUGCUUCAUGUUACUUGCUUCCGAUAAGCAUUUGCUUUUUUUUCCAACUUAUAGACAGAUUCAUCAGAGAUUUGAUGUUAGUUAUAGUCUUGCCCUUGUUCUUAGCUGCUGUAUUUAUAUUGGCUGUUUGCUUAAAGUUUCGGCCAAUAUGUAAAUCAAAACAGAAGAGAGGAGAGGUAAUUUGACUUGAAUUUUAUGAUUAAGUUAUCCAGUGUUAUCCAGUUAUCCAGUGAUCUAAUGUUUGAAAGAGUAAUUCGCUGUUACAUUGCUCUUGAAGAUUGAGCUCUCCAUGAACGUUGGAGGCUGGGCGGAAAUUCCCAGAUCAGAUGUUACGCUCCAAGACAAGCUGGGAGAAGGUGCAUUUGGGGAAGUGUACAAAGGCUUGGUGCGCAUGGGAGAACUAGUGAGAGCAUGCGCAGUAAAAAAACUUAAAGGUAAACAUUUUUGAUGAAGUUUUUGAUUGGUUGACUGAUUUUCUUAGUUAAUAAGCUCAAUAAGUUAAUAAGUGAAUGAUCGAUUUAGAAAACUUAUGAUUGGUUGAUGAUUUCUCGGUUGAAAGCACAUGCAUUAGAUGCGUUUCAAGUGUUUGAUACAACUUGUAAACAGAUUUGCUGCCCCUUGGAUAUCAGUAAAGCUUAGAAUAUUUCUUUGCAGAAAAUGCUACAGAAACAGAGAGACGGGACCUGAUUAACGAGCUUGCAGUCAUGGUCACAGUUGGUGAACAUCCUAAUGUCUUAAGUCUUAUUGGAGCUUGUACCAAGACUGGUAACUUUUAGUUGAUAUUAAUUGAUGUUCUACGUGCAGUUUCCUUUUCAGUUUUGUCUUUCUAUGUAAAAGCAAAUUCCCAAUUAUGCAACACAAAUAAAUGCAAUUUUGCUUCACAACCUUAAUAUUUAGCUUUGUGGCAAAUUCUAGAGCCAGUAUUGGUGAUUGUCACUUUGGCCCCGAAUGGCUGUUUGUUGGACCAACUGAAAAAGAGGAGCGAAAAUCCAUAUUACAAUGUUCGGAAAGAGGCAAUGAAGUUCACGCCCCAAGACAAAAUGAAGAUCGCAAGAGAUGUAGCUUGUGGAAUGCUUCACCUGGCCAGCAAAAAGGUACAAGAUCCAAUAAAGAAUUCAGAAAAAUAUUUACUUUCUAGAGGAUUAUUUGAUUUUUAUUCUGCUUCUCUUUCUUAGUGUGUUCAUCGUGACCUUGCAGCGAGAAACGUGCUUCUUGGCGAGGAAAAUGUUGCCAUGGUUUCCGACUUCGGCCUGUCACGUGAUGUUUAUGAAAGUGGUGAAUACGAAAGUACAUCUGGGGUAUGGCCAGUUUUCUCGUGUUUAAAAAAUGGGGAGAGUAGUUAUAACGACAUAUAUAUUUAUAGUUCCAGCUAUAUCGUAUUGCAAAGAUUCUUCCUCCUUUGAAGUGUUACGGUAUACAUUAACCGAGAGAAAGAACACUAUACUCCUACAAACCCAACUACUUAGUUAAACAACACGUCUAAAAUGAAUAUGAAAGUGAUCUUCGAACCUCGUCUUAAGUUAAAUCUUACGAAGAAGCGACUUUUAUGAAAUGAAAGCAAUAACAAUGAAAACAAUAACAAUUCUCCAACGUAUUCUGGAAAUUCUAGAAGCUUACUACACAACUACGUACUUUAGUAAAAUUACAUAAUUAUCACAAAUCCUAACAGAAUUUUCUAGAAUGUUCCAUGGUAUGUUAUUAGAAGGUUCGAGUAUCCAUGUCACCGUGAGUUAGCAUUCUCAGUCUCAGAAACUGCUAUUUACGUUCACUAUCCAGAGCAAGAGACACUCGUAAAUAAUAGCUAAUUUUCUUCAAUACGUUUCAAGCAAUUAGCGCGCCGUUUGGGGGGUCCUUUGGCGGCACUAAAUCCCCUUGGGCUCCUUGCAAUCCCAGUUUUAUCUCCCUGAGCCAAUGCCGUCUCAACAUACAACUAUAAAAAUUCACGAUUUUUGUACGUACUAUUCUUUAGUAUUAUUUAAAAUGAAUUGUUUUUACUCAAACCAUGCUUUAAAUGAUUUCUUCCAAAAAAGGGAAUGUUACCUGUUCGCUGGAUGGCUCUUGAGUCUUUGGAGGAUUACACGUACAAUACUAAAACAGAUGUGUAAGUUAACUCUGUAAGGAAUUCUGAGGGAAAGUUAAAAUUGUAAAGCUACUUGCUAUUCGCGAAUAGGGGUCCUAAUAACUGAUUAAGUUUGAAGCUAUUUUAUCGUCUCUGAGUGUUUUCCAUUGAAAUUAAGCAGCAGAUACUUCCCUCGUCAUGAUAAUGAAACUCUAAGAACAAGUGGGGUACUCUUGGCAUACUGAUGCACUUUUGUAAUGUUAAGAUAUAGCUCAGAUGCUAUAUCAAAUUCAUGCUUUCCUUUAUAUACUAGUUAUAUCGAGAUGUAGCUAGUGAUAAUGGUGAGCUUAUGGCGUUAUUGCAAUUUGGAAUUAUAAUUCCGUAAGAAAUCAUUUUGUUUUUAUUGUAAAAUGACCUAAUAGUGCUGUUUUGCGACAGAUGGUCCUUUGGAGUGUUAUUAUGGGAGAUUGAAUCUGGAGGUAAACAGUUUUAGCAUUGAGACUUUUUACCUAUUUCAUAUUAAAGGAUAUGUGAGUAAGUUAAGAUUUCGAAUACUCACACAAAACAUCAUCAUCAUUGUGUAAAAUAUCUGCUGCAGAUAUAAGGUUAUCAUGUCAACGUAUGCACUCGACUUAUCAGAGUUUUCAAAGGAAGUCUACUGUAUAAUAAUUAUCACUAGUCGUCUUAUUGAGACAAGCUGCUGAUUAAACCAUCAACAAAGACUGAACUCUUUAUCUUUCCUUUCAAGGUAAAAUGCCGUAUUCUGGUCUUGGCGGAAUGGAAAUAAUAGAAUUUCUGAAAGCAGGACGAAUUUUAGCCAAGCCGGAUGGAUGCCCAGAUGAAAUGUAAAUAAUCUUGAAUGGAAUAAGACCCCGGUCUGUCACAAUGGUUCAACUCCGAGGUGUUACUAAAUAGAAUCGUUUUUCUGUUCACAGCCACGAUAUGAUGAAGUCAUGCUGGAGUUUGGAUUCUACAAAGCGUCCAUCAUUUUCUGAGCUUUUGGAAUCACUGGAAGAAGAAAUAAAGACCAAAGGCGUAAGAAUUUAA